AUGUCAAACAAUCGCCUGAAAGUGGUCUUCCUUGGCCCACUGGCCUCGUUCUCCCAUCAGGCCGCAGCGGAAUCAUUUAAAAACACCGAUGCAGAAUUGAUCCCUCAUGUGUCCUUCGCCGACGCAUUUUCGGCCGUUCAAGACCAAACCGCCGACUUCGCAGUCAUCCCCUUCGAAAACUCCACCAAUGGCUCCGUCGUGCAAACACUGGACCUCCUCGCCGACCGCACCUCUCUGUAUACAGACGUCAAAGUCUGUGGUGAAUACUAUCUCACCGUGCAUCACUGUCUGCUCGUCCGCAAGGGCACAUACCCCUCUGGCUGGUCCGGCUACGACGGCUCCAUCACCAAACUAUACACGCACCCGCAGGCAUGGGGCCAAUGUGAAAACGUCCUGUCGACUCACUUCAAAGGCAUCGAGAGACAAGAUGUCUCAUCUACAUCCAAAGCCGCGGAGAUCGUUGCAAAGGAGACGGGUGAGAAGGCCGGGGCCAUAGCGAGCAAAUUCGCGGCCGAACAUCACGGCCUCGACAUAUUGAUGGAGAACAUUGAGGAUCGCGCCGACAACACAACGCGUUUCUUGAUUCUGCGCAACACUCGCGUGGAGAGAACAGGUUCCUUGGCCUUUGAGAAACGGUCUCCCAUGGAUUCGACGGGCAUUACGAACAAGACGUUGAUCUCGUUUGCGGUGGAUCAUGCCUCCCCGGGUGCGUUGGCAAAUGCAUUGCUGAUAUUCAAGGCGCAUGGGCUGAACUUGACGAGUAUUAACACGCGGCCGAGCUUGAAACGCGCGUGGCAGUAUGUCUUCUUCGUGGAGUGUGGACAGGCCCCCUCGAAGGAGAAUAAGGAAGCUGUUCUUCAGGUGUUGGAUGAUUUGCGUCGUGCGACGGAGUCUUGCAGAGACUGGGGAACAUGGAAGGAUCAGCUCUGUGUGCGCGCUGCCUCCUAG